UCAAACUGCCUUGAUGGGUGGGUGUCAGUGUGGAGGGGUAGGUGUUUCUAGGCAGGCUGUAUUUACAAAGGUAACGCCCACAUGUGUUGUCUCCAUGAUUGACAGACCAAAAUCCAAUAAAUGAAAGGGGAGGAGCCGGUACACCUGCGCAAGACUGGAGGGGAGGAGCCGGUACACACCUGCGCAAGACUGAAGGGGAGGAGCCGGUACACCUGCGCAAGACUGAAGGGGAGGAGCCGGUACACCUGCGCAAGACUGAAGGGGAGGAGCCGGUACACCUGCGCAAGACUGAAGGGGAGGAGCCGGUACACCUGCGCAAGACUGGAGGGGAGGAGCCGGUACACCUGCGCAAGACUGGAGGGGAGGAGCCGGUACACCUGCGCAAGACUGGAG